CUUGCUCUCUUUGGAUCUCUCUCUCUCUCUCAAUCUGAAUCUGCAUCCCUCUUUCGUCUGGAUGUGUAUAUUUCUAGGAGCAAGUCAGUCAGUUAACUGAAUACCGUCUCAGCAGCUCGACACGUGCAGUUUCGAGCGGACGCGUGGCGCCAUGGUUAUAUUUCUCAUCUGAGUCACGGCCUUCUAUUCUCGACGCUCUCAAAAAGUAGCCAAAAUUCCUAUCCUCCAUUCUUUCUUGUUGCCUCUGAUUUAAUGCAUCCAGAAGCGUGCCUCGGAGGAGAGGAAAAGUGAUUCGCUGCAGCUGCAGGUGGAACAACCGGGAACCAGUUGGCAGUCUCGAAGAUGGAGAUAACGGCUGGGAUGAGAAGUGUCUGGGUAUAGAAUGAGGAAGAUUAGGAGCGUGGAGGGACUUUUUGGUUUCUCAGGCUUGAAGGGAAGGAAGAUUAAGGUUGGCUGUUGACUUUUUAAGGGAUUAUUUUUCUGGUUUGGGGAUAAUGUAAAACAGAUAAUGAGGAGGAAGAUGAGAUGAGGAAAUCGUAGAGGAAAUAAAGUUUUGAAGGGGAGAGUGUUUGGAGAAGAAGGAUAAUCUUCCAGAGGUUGCAAACCACAACAGCGAGCUGUAAAUGAAAUAUAGAAGUUCAGUAACCAGGCAAACUUCUGCUCAAAUGUCUGAGUCCAAUAAUGCUGAGUAUGUGGAAUUGGGAGAAGGACUUGCCCCAAGGUUGGAGAAAUUUCAAAGGGUUUCGGUUCUACCUCUGGUUUUCCUGAUCUUUUAUGAGGUAUCUGGGGGUCCAUUUGGGGUUGAAGAUAGUGUACAGGCAGCUGGUCCCCUUUUAGCCCUUCUUGGGUUUUUGUUUUUCCCUAUUGUAUGGAGCAUUCCUGAAGCCCUUAUAACUGCAGAGAUGGGUACCAUGUUCCCUGAGAAUGGAGGGUAUGUUGUUUGGGUUUCAUCAGCAUUGGGUCCGUACUGGGGCUUUCAACAAGGUUGGAUGAAAUGGCUUAGUGGGGUUAUUGAUAAUGCAUUGUACCCGGUUUUGUUCCUAGAUUAUGUGAAAUCAGCAAUCCCAACUUUGGCAGGGGGUUUACCUAGGGCAAUAGCAACUCUUGUUUUGACCAUGAUGCUCACUUACAUGAACUACAGAGGUUUAACAGUUGUAGGGUGGGUUGCUAUUUUCUUGGGGGUGUUUUCCCUUCUUCCUUUUGUGUUUAUGGGACUUGUAGCAAUUCCAAAACUGAAGCCGUCAAGGUGGCUUGUGGUAGAUUUGGGUAAUGUGAAUUGGAGUUUAUACUUAAACACUCUUUUCUGGAAUUUGAACUACUGGGACUCCAUUAGUACUCUAGCAGGAGAGGUGGAAAAUCCUGGUAGAACACUGCCUAAGGCUCUUUUUUAUGCUCUUAUAUUUGUUGUCAUAGGCUAUAUUUUCCCUCUUUUGAUUGGUACUGCGGCAGUUCCCCUCGAUCGUGAACUUUGGUCUGAUGGUUAUUUCUCAGAUAUUGCCAAAAUGGUUGGCGGAGUUUACUUGAGAUUGUGGGUUCAAGCGGCUUCUGCUCUAUCAAAUAUGGGGAUGUUUGUGGCUGAGAUGAGUAGUGAUUCUUUCCAACUUCUCGGGAUGGCAGAGCGUGGGAUGCUCCCUGAGUUCUUUGCUAAGAGGUCGCGUUAUGGAACCCCACUCAUUGGGAUACUAUUCUCUGCAUCUGGUGUUAUAUUGCUUUCAUAUUUGAGCUUCCAAGAGAUUGUAGCUGCAGAGAACUUCUUGUACUGUUUUGGAAUGAUUAUGGAGUUCAUAGCAUUUGUGAAACUAAGGAUAAACUAUCCGGCUGUAUCACGGCCUUACAGGAUACCUGUUGGAACAACUGGGGCGAUCUUGAUGUGUAUUCCUCCUACGUUACUGAUUUUCGUGGUAUUGGCAUUUGCCCCUACCAAAGUCAUGGUUGUCAGCAUUUUGGCCGUGCUCGUUGGUCUUAUUCUGCAACCUUUUCUCCAGUACUCCGAGAAUAAGAGAUGGUUUAAAUUCUCUACUAAUGCUGACCUUCCAGUUCUGGGUUCUGCAUUAGACUAGCGUAUGAAUCCUCUGAACUCCAAUAGCUUUUUUUUAAAAAAGAUUUUCUGUCCAUGUUAAGCUGUAAAUUCAAUAUUUAUAGCAAUUUUGCUGCGUUCAU